GCCGAAGAAGGACCGGCCGACGCCACUCCCCGACUCUCUACUCUUCUCCCAAGAGGACAUCCCCGUUCACAAUACGUUCAUCCAAUUUGAUGCGCCUGAACGCAUCGAAGAUGAGAAAUCGCUGGCCACGGCUCCGGCCUGGAUAGGGCCAUCAAUGCAGAGCGUCGUCCAAAGUGCGAUGAAAGUCUCAGAGCCACCGAUUGGAACUCCAGCGCCGGAGCAGCCGCCGAGGCCUUUGCCAGCCGAUCUUCCUUCAGCUGGCAGUGCUCAGCACUUCGAAGGGCUUUGCAAAAGGUGCUGCUUCUUUCCAAAAGGGCGCUGCAACAACGGCCGCGAAUGCGAGUUUUGCCAUUACGACCACGAGAAGAGGAAGCGCAAGAAAAAGAAAAAGGGCGCCAUGUCCAAGAACAAGGAGGAGUCCGACAGCGAGGAUGGAGAAGAUUCUGCCAACGAAAUGCAGGGGGAGGGCAGAUCGAUGGAGCAGCAAGAUGACACCGACCACAUGGGAAGGCCUCGAAAUGCGGGGAUCAUUGGGCAAAGUCAACGGCCCAGCCAUGAGGUGUGGGGCUUGCCACCACAGGUUCCUUUGGGACCUCCGCCGAAUCCGCCUCCGACCGUCGCGCGGGGGCUGCCAGACGAUCCGUUGUAUCCAAUCCCGGAUCAGUCGAUACCGCCUGCGAACAUGAGCGCAGCGCAAUUGGAUGCUUACUACGCAGGAAUGAGCUAUGGCGCAGGUGCCGCGGCAGCGGCUGCGGCCGCCGCUGCGGCUGCCGCGCCAUACGAUCCCGCCGCGGCCGUGGCAGCAGCAGCUGCCGCCGCUGUCGCAGGGGUCGACCCGUACGGAUACCACCAGCCGCCACCAGACCCGAGGCCGCCGCCGUGGGCCCACGGGCAUCUCCCGCCCCUGCCGACGCCAGGCUAUCCUGGGGCGCCCCCUCCCACAGCACCUCCUCCGCCGGUCUAUGCCCAUGCAGGGCCGAGGAUGCCGCCCCCACGCUAG